AUGGGAAUGUAUGUUCACUUUAGCCAAAUGAAGGAAGCGAGGAAGGUUUUUGAUUUGAUGGAUGAAAAAUCAAUAAUUUCUUGGACAACUAUUAUGGGAGGUUAUAUGAAAGUUGGCCAUGUUACGAAAGCAUUUAAUUUAUUCAAUCAAAUGCAGCAUCAAAGUACUGGCAUAGAUUUCAUUGUAUUUCUAAAUCUUAUAUCUGGUUGUGUACAAGUAGGAGAUCUCUUAUUAGCUUCAUCCGUUCAAGCUUUUGUAUUCAAAUGUGGAUGCGAUAAAGAGGAGUCCAUUGAAAAUUUGCUAAUAACUAUCCAUGCAGGGUUAGUAGAAGAUGGAUUGAAGUACUUCAUAUGUAUGCAAAAAGAUUUUGGAAUAACUCUUAAGAUAGAACACUACACUUGCUUGGUAGAUCUUCUUGGUCGAGUUGGCCGGCUUGACUUAGCUUUAGGUACGAUUCAGGGGAUACCCUUGGAAGCACAAGUGCAAGCUUGGGCUCCCUUGCUCAGUGCUUGUAGGAUCCAUGGUAAUGUUGAGCUCGGGGAGAUUGCUACUGUCAAGUUACUAGAGCUUAGUCCUAGUAGCUCUGGAAAUUAUGUAUUGAUGGCUAAUCUGUACACCUCAUUCGGCAAGUGGAAAGAGGCGCAUGUUGAGAUCGGUGGUAGAUUUCAUACAUUUGCAGCAGGAAAUCAGUCACGUGUUCAGUUGGCCAAUAUCUAUAAGAUGCUAGAAGAUCUAAAUUUUACUCUUCAAGAAGGUAGCUAUGCAGGACAAGCUGUAACAAUGAAUAAUGACCCUAGUAGCUACAUUGAAGCAAAUAUGAAAAUUGAGUUCACUGCUUCAGAACUGACGAGAGCUGAUAACUUAAAAUCUGACCUUGAAAAUAACAAGAAUCAGUUCAAUGAUAUGGUGGCGUCAGAAAAGAGCUGCGACAAAAGUUGGCACGUUUGGAGGAAAUGA